AUGCAAAGAAUAUCAACUACUGAAAAUGCGCAGAUAUUGAAUCUGUGGGUGCAUGAUGAACGAUACUCUCAUCUUGAUGUGGUCAUCAAUCCAAUCUGGUUUCCUGGUGUCCAGCUGGGCGACCUGUUUGAGAUUUAUCCAGCUGAGCAGACAUCUGGUACUACACAACCAUCUUCCAAUGUUUCUGGUAGUUCAAACACUCGUAACAAGAGUUUAGAAGGAUUAGGUACUUCACAACUAGCUCAGAAAUACACCGAUUCUAACAAUCGAUUGAUUCUGCAAAUUUCAGUUGCACAACACAUUGCAACAUUAUUUGAAUUAAAUGCAAGAACAAAUGUUGUUGCUCGCAAGGUAGACAAGGAAUCAGUCACAGCAUCGUUUGUAGAAGUCACUUUUCGUGAUCAGUAUAUUGGACGAACUGACAUGUGGCGGCUCAAGAUGUCUUUGACUGGAACUGCAUUGUAUUAUGGAAAACAGGUGUUGACACUUGGCAUCAGAGGACAGGUCAAAGAUAUCAUCAUCAAUGGUGGAUCGGCAAAAUGUUGCUAUGUUAGCGACUCCACAAAAACAAUUUUUAGAUCGGAAACAGCCAAAUACUUUAUAUUUAUUCAAAUGAGCAGAGAAAUGUGGGAAUUUGACGAAGACGGCGAAUUGUAUUUUGAAAAGUGUGUUCAUGGCUUUUUACCAGAACUUUUUGCUCGGUGGAAAGAAAUAGGUGCCAACCAUGUCGUGUCAAUUGUAUUGUUUGCUCGUAUUCAUCAAGUAGACAUUGCAGCGUUUGAUUUGAAGUCAAAGGAGCAGUCUGUGCCAAUUUACUAUAGCGCCGAUGGUCAACCAUGCCGCGAUUACUACCGUGUGGUGGUUGAUCGGGAAACUUAUACAGAUUGGUCUCAACUGCUUAUACCGCUGAAAAAAGAGUUUGUCCGGUUUCAAAGAGAUGUACUUGAACAAAAAGAUGCUUCUGGUACUACAAUGUUUUCAGGCACAAAUUCCUUGGCAUCAGAAGGCAAUAUUCUCGAGGCAAUCAAUCUAGCACUAAAUCCAUUUGACAAACAUUACGUGGAUCGCGAUCUUAUGCGAACUGGUCUCUCAAUUGUUGUUGUCACACCUGGAACAGGGUACUUUGAGGUAGACAAGCGGUUGUGUCGCCUUACUUGGCAGCGUAUGGUGGAUAAUGGCAUUGGGUUAGAUUUGGUGUGUCUUGCAAAGCCUCCAUUAUAUACCGUACCACUGUUUCAAUUUGCGUCAUAUGAGGCUGUCUCGAGUGUAAAUCCUAGCAAUCACUUGACACCCAUGACAGCAGCUUGCCCCUCACGAGUUUCACCUUCUUCGUUUGUCGGAAGUCGAAAUAGUCAUACAGCGAAUCCAAAUGAUCUUGACACUGAUCAGCGAUCUAUACACACAAGCGGCAGUGCAGCUCGAUCCGACCGGUUUAAUUCCGAGCCUGCCUAUUUUGGCAGAUCGUGUGGUUCUGAACGUAAACCAGAAGUAUGGGAUCCUCUCUACAGUGAUGAAGAUUCGAUUCUUGGGGGUCGGCUUGGAUCAUUUUAUACGGUUCCAAAUUGGGUAGAUUGCAGUUUUUGGAAUAGAAGCAAACCUAAACAAACGAGUUUGUUACGAUCUGGCGACGCAUCAUUUGUGUCACGAUGCAGAAUGUAUGAAGUGCAAAUGAUGGGAUUCGUUGAGCAAGUCGAAACCAAAAUCAACGUUCCAUAUCUAGAUCAACAUUUUGAUGGACUUGCCAUUCACCAAAAUGGCGACAUGAAUAGCCCCAAGGAUGUCGGGAUAUCCAUUUCUACAUUAGAAUCUUUUGAUUUUGCACAAUAUGAUGCUGGUUUGUUUGUUGAGCACCAUGAUGCCGCUAAUUCUGCAAUGACCACUCCAACCUCAACUCAAACCCAACCGCAGCAGAACCAGCAUCGUUCAAAUUUUCCAACUAAUUCUCAAAAUGCAUCGCUAUUUUCGUUUACGGAUAUGCGAUCGCAACAAGGCCUGAGAAGUCGACUCAGUCCAGACCCCAAUGGUGAUUUUAGUCAAUCUGGUUCUCGUAAUAUUAAUAUUGAAACUGCACAUGAAACGGGCGUGGGAAAUGGCACAGAUGCUCUGUACGAUUCUAGACAUCAACCUCACUCUGGCUCGAUGGUUCAACGCAUGAGUUUGACACGAAAUUCAAGAGCAACAACUUCUUUGGCACCGAUGACGCCCAUACAUUUUUCACAUGGUCCAUCAUCUCGUUUGGAGUCGAGGGAUCGUACAAUGAGAUUGUCUGGUAGUCUUAAAGAUCGUGAAUAUGGUCGCAAUUUUGAUAAGCAUAUGCUAGAGCGGGUUAAUCGAGGCGGAAAUCGAGAAUCUAAUCAUGCUAUACCGGAAUUUACACACUUGUCAAUAGUAGAUCUUCAACCCAUUCAAAUUCGUCCACAUAAUCAGUUAGGCCAUGCAAAUUACACUGGAACGAGUGCUACAGGAGAUAAGACUAUGGGUUAUGUAAGUGGUGCCCGGAGUAGUUAUUCUGGAUCUGGAUCCUACAAAGAGAUCAAUUCGCCCGUGUUUGACAACAGUAAACACUUUUCCAAGAUAUCUCCUGGUAGAAGCAUUCAUUUUACCAAUCGACAAACUAUGCGGCAAAACUAUGUGAAUCCAUGCAAUCCAAUCAAAAAUGUGAUUCGUGCAAGUAGCCAAGCAAGGCGGUGGGAGCAUAUUUUCCCCAAAUCAGUAAUGAAAGCCAGAGAUGUUGCUUGGACUAAUUGGAAGCCAUUGUGCAGACCAGCGUGUAUGCCUCUCACGACAGAGUUUUUCCCAUCUCCAGAUGAGAUAUUGGAGUUGUAUCAAGAGUACACAUAUACUGUCUUGCCUGCUGAGGAUAUCAACUUUCAUUCAAGCACUGAUGAGCAGCAAAACAAAAAAGUGGAAAAUUUACUGAUUGAGCUGAUUAGUCAACGGUUAGCGCAGGGGUUUCAACUGGUUGUAUCUACAGUUCAAGAUGGGCCACAAAAAUUUCCUGGCACUCCUGCACCAGCAUCCCGUGUAGGUGCUGUCAAUGCCUUGACCAAUGCUCAAAUGACUGGAGGACCUCGAUCUCGAGCAAGCUGGUCGCCACAUAGAUCUGCAACUUCAUCGUAUCAACACGUAUACCAGCCUACGUUUACAUUUUCAACCACCACGCCAUACUAUGUCAGUCUUGGCGAUCAUGUUCACCGUCUAUUUUAUGAUGCAUUGGGAAAUAAUGUUGAGAUCAAGCGAUAUAUUCGAAAGAUUGGAUACAAUACCGAAGGUAUUACCUAUCCCUGUGCCAUUUGGUCCAAGCAUCGGUCAGGAUAUGAACUCAGAACUGCUAGUUUCACGUAUCCUUCUCUUGCAACGUAUAAUUGGAAUUAUCUUGAUCACUUGGUUGCCGGAUAUCAGGAAAAAAUGACUGAUGCACUUCGAUACUGGCGAACGCGGUUUCUACUGAUUCCUACCGAAACACUUGUGACGUCGAGUAUUUUAAUGAGCGCAAAUAAUGAUACACUCGAUGAAGAGGAAGUACGAAUUGCAGCAUUCAAUAAAUUUAUUGAUGCUUUGGAAAAAGUACGAUGGGUUCCACCUUCCGAAACUGUAUCAAAUGGCAAGACAACACGGAGUAUUCAAGUUCAACACACUUCAUUUGAUGCCUCUGCAUUUGUCAAGAGCGAGCUUUCUCGAGCAGGCGAUACUGUAUUGACAGAUGUGGCAUCCAACCGCCGCCGGACUUCAGUCUCUGCACUGUCAUCUUUCAUGUCCAUGACGUCCAUACCCAUAUCGUUGACAGAGCGUCUCAACAGAUCAUGCUCGCUUUCAGAGAUUGCUAUAGCAAUGCAGCAAUCAAAUGGACCUUCGUUUAAAGAUAGACGCUGGCAUUUUACUCGUUUUGAACGAGUGUGUGUUGGUAGCGAGUUUGUAGAUUGGCUUGUGCGGUGUUUUCUCGAUAUCAAUACCCGCGACGAAGCGGUUCAGUUUGGCAACUAUCUUCUUGAAAACGGUGUCAUCCAGCACGCGUAUCGAAAGCACAAGUUUAUGGAUGGAUUUUACUUUUACAAUGUUGGAAAGGGUUUUGAUAACGAAGCAUUGCAUGAAAAGAUACUAAGCCAAUCAGGAUGGUUUGGAACCGGCAAAGGCAAUGUAGCAGUCGCCAAAACAUCAAGUAUAGACUUGAGUGGUGGACUGCCUACCAUUGAAUCUAUUGCUGCUUCAUCACUCUCAUCUAUACAAGCUGGAUCGGUGCUGGCCCAACAGCAAUCCAUUUUGGUCUCACCCUUGGUAAGUCAUGCAUCAAUACCCUCACCCGCUCCACCAGAUCAGUUUUGUAUAUCCAGACAGAUCAAUAUAGAUAUGGACCCGCAACGUAAAUCUACUCGCCAGGAACGGGCAGUUCUUCACUAUGACACGACGCAUAAUCCCAAAAACUGCUACCAUAUUCAGCUGCACUGGCUCGUAUGUACACCCAGACUUAUUGAGGACAUGCUGCGCAGUUGGGGACGCAUUGCCGAAAAAUGCUCUCUAAAAUUGGUAGAGGCACCCAUGGAACAGCCGCAAAUGUUUUCAGACGAUAAUCCUUUCCAGUCAGUCAUAUUAGUACCAUUAUCGUUAAUGCCGCCUAAACUUUCUGAAGUGAUAUCCCGACUUGGAUUAGAUAUAGAUGUUCCUCCCAUGUGGUUUGAGGCUGAGCUAGUUCGUAGUCAAAAUUUUGUGCUUGAUAUUGAAUCUGAUUUGCUUUUCCCAAAAGACAAGAUACUUUGCUCGUUUACUCCAUUGCCUUAUCUCCGAACACAAUACGUUCAUCGCAGUGGUGUAGCACUAGUACAACUCUGUGAAGAAGGCAAAUUUAUGUGGGCGGAAAAUCGAGUGUUUCUUGCAGGAAACAGCAACACGAGCGGAAGUGGUGCAACCAGUCGAAAUAGUCCAGAUGCAUUACUGGCAGAGUUUUGUCGGAUAUGUCAGGAUAUCGAGUUUUUAAAAAGUUUCUGGAUCGAAGCAGAAAAACGACUGCAAUCACUCUCCCAACCAGGAGAAACGGUAUCUUGUAUAAAAGAUUGA